GACAAAAUGUUAUCAUGUUUACUUGGAAGAGGUAUGAUAUUUACAAGUUCUAGGAAAGUCUCAGGACUUUCUCCAGUGGUUUCAAAGAACUCGUAUCGCCGAUCUGAGAUCAAGCCAAACACAUUUCUACCAGUACAUGGACCGUCGGAGUUGGGUAAAAGCCUGUUUCUUACAUCUAGUAGAGGAUCUGGAGGUAGGCGACAGACAAGAAGUAGCGAUCUCAUAACACAUUUCUGGUAUUCUGUAAAAUCGGGCGGAAGUUGGGCAAACAAAAUAACUGCUCGUAACAUACGUCUUCGUCGUUGGCGGUCCAUCUUAUUCUGAAAAACAAAUAGUAAAAAGAUUGAAUACACACAUUGAAGUACCCGCAAAACUAACAGCCUAAAUUACAGUACUAUGUAAUAUUGUUGGUAGUAAAUUUUGCACGAUUUUCACGAAAUAUAAGUAGCAGCAUAAACCAUCAUUGAGUGUAGUUUAAAAUCAUCAUAUUGGUUUACAAAAAGUUGAAUUUGAAUUGUUAAAAUGGAAAACGAUGAAGAAACCAUAUUGCAAAGACGUAAAAGAACGGUGAAAUUCUCAGAACAGGAAAUUCUGUUAAUUUUGCGGGCCUACCUCACUCACCCGAGCAAAUGGUCAGAGAUAAUUAAUGAUGUGAAGGCGAACAUAGAUCAGCUUGAACAAGCAACCAGAAAUCUGUAUAGUUCAGCCACAAACAAACAAUUGAGGGACCGCAUGUCGACGAAAUUGAGUUCACUCAUGUCUAAGAGGCAGGAAAAUAUAGAAAGUGAACCAAUAAGAAAAGCAUUGAAUGACAUCAGGAACAUGGAGCGGCAAUUGGUUCAGGUGCAACCACAGCCCCAACCUCCACAGCAAGAAAAUGCAGCAGCUCCUGCUGUAGCACCAGCAGUUCCCAAUCCAGAGCCACGUCCUGCACAGGACCCGAGAAAUGAGAUCGCUGCCGCCAUUUCAAGUGAGAGUGACCAGGAUCAGGAACCUAGACAAAGGCGUAGGCCACGGAAGAGGCCUCUGGCAGAUCUGGUCAGGGAAAAUCAUACCAAGUACAACAAAUUUAUGAAGAAAAAAAUGCCCAAGAUUUUGAGAGAGCUAGGCAUAAGUUCUGACACUGAGAGUGAUUGAAUUAAACCCUGUAAACCAGUGCAUAAUUAAAAGAUGAUGACAAAAUGUUUGUUUCUUUUUUGUAAAAAAAACAAUGCAACAAGUUUGCUUGGCCUUAGAAAAUCGUAAACAAAAAUAUCUUGAGAAAACCCCCAAUAUAUGUAGUGUGUCCGUUGUCCACAUCCAUGUCCGACUAUAGCGCGUACAUCUC